AUGUUUCGCAAUCGGCGCACGACGCAAAAACCCCAUGAGGAAUUGUACGCGGCCUUCAAGCAGACCUUUCCCGAGGUCGGGCCUGGAUCAUCCUCAUCAGGUGUACAUGGGGAUGAUGGGACUGCACGCCGAUCAUCAACGCUAAGCGAGGCGAUAGUCGAUGAACCAAACACUCAUAUAGGCUAUGAGACACAACCCGACACGAAAGAACAGGAUGCGACACCGAAAACAUUCACUGACCCCUGGAGAUUUACACCAUCACUCAUGGACCCCAACUCUUUCGCAUUUUCCGCCUUCGCGAACCAGCCACCAGGGUACUACACACCGACCCCUGGUGGCUUUGGUACUCUCUAUCACCCACAGGCUGGCGACCUUCACACACCUGGAAUGGGCAUGAACACGCCAUUAUCAUUACCACACUCAGUCCAUGCUCUACACGCCCAGGAUCCUAUGAUGCACCUUCAGCAUUUCAACCCUCACCUCAUGCACCAAUCUCAUUCUUUUCACGACCCGUUCCAUCAACAAGCGCAGCUACAUGUGCCUCCACCCCAACAGCAGACCUUCGCUCCCCAGGCAUUUCUUCAACAUGAAGACUCUGGCUAUGUGGGCAUUGACGAUACCCCUCCCAAGACGACACCACAACAGCAGCCUGACAUGAGCGUGCAGCAACCCACUAUGAAUCAAUCCGUCCAACCCAUGACAUCAAACAAUGGCAUGACCGGCCUGCCGAUGGGUGAAAAAUUCCGCUUCCACACCACGUUGAAUGCGCCUACGGCGAUGGUUCGACAUUCAGAAGAGAUCCCGAUUACAUACUUGAACAAAGGUCAAGCUUACACCAUGUCAAUCUGGGACACCACCCCACCCAUGACCCAUAUGCCACAAAAUGGGCCUGUCCAAUAUCGCACAUAUGUUCGAGUGUCGUUUGAGGAUGAGCAACAGAGAGCUCGUCCUGGAAACUGCUGGCAACUCUGGAAAGAGGGUCGUGGAUCGAACGAAGCUCAUCAGCGUGGUGGCCGGCUUCUUGCUGUGGAAUAUGUGGAUCCUAAUCAAGGAGGCGACGACGAACUGCGCAAAUCCCAGAUCCAACUCGAAAAGGCAUCGUUUGAUGGCUUUGCCGUCACCUGGUAUCCAAAUCCUGUCAAUGGAGGACCGGACUGUUCAGUCUCUGUUCGGUUCAACUUUUUGUCGACCGAUUUCAGCCACUCCAAGGGCGUCAAGGGAAUACCGGUCCGCCUCUGCGCUAAGACAGAGUUGGUCACGCCGGGGACAACAGUUAGCAACGAGCCAGAAGUCUGCUUUUCCAAAGUGAAGCUCUUCAGAGACCACGGGGCGGAAAGGAAGCUCUCGAACGACGUUGCACAUGUCAAGAAGACAAUUGACAAGCUCAAGCAACAGAUUGCUCAAGCCGAAGCGGGCCUAGGCAAUGCUGGAAAGAGGAGGCGAAGUGGAUCAAUGGCAAAGCCAUCAGGGUCUCGUCCUGGGAAAGUCAUGAAGCACAAGCGCACCUGGUCUGUGGAUUCAGACGCUGAAGGGACCAGAUUUACAGCAGAGGAAGACCUCCAGCUGAAGCUUGUGACCAUGCAGGAUAUGUUCUCCUCGACCAGACCAGUCAGCAUCCUCUUUUUGCGCGGCGACCCAGAAGACGACCCAGACUUAUGCCCCGUGAAACUUCCCGGAAGCGAUCCUGACAUGAAGGAGAUUGUAAGAACGUCGACCUGGGAGUCACGCCAGAGCGCUACCGACUCACCCACAUCCGAUGCAGGCUCACCCAGAUCCAGCUCCGCUUCUCAGACGACACCGAAGAGAAAGUACGCGCAGAUGCAGCAGCCGGCCAUUCAAGAAGAGGGCGAAAGCGAGUACGAGAACGAGCCGAGCAGAUCGGUAUCGGCGCCCCGACCGAUCAAAAUCCUAAAAACAGAAACCGAGGCUGCUUCCAAGAGUGACCUUUUCGCUGUCGAUAUCGACAGUAGCUAUCAGCCUCCAACUGAGAAAUCCAGACGGCCUGUGGCAUGCUUUUACGUGCGCCAGAAAGACGCCGUCAAAGAAUAUUACCGUGCUGUGUAUUUGAUGCACCGGACGGUCGAAGACCUCAUCAGCAGCAUAUCGGACAAGUUCAGCAUAGACCCUCUCCGAGUAACCCAGGUUACGCAUGUCAACUCUCGAGGACUCCACAUCAUUGUCGAUGAAGACGUGGUGCGCGAAUUACCAGAAGGACAAGAUAUGGUCGUUGAGUUUGCGCCGUCUCAAUCUGACGAGGCAAUCAAGCAACAAUUUGUCGCACCAGGCGCAACAACGGUGGUGGUCGACGGCGACUUCGGGCCACUCGAUAUUUCAGCAUUGGAUCCACUGGAGAUGUGGCUUAAUUACUGA